AUGAGCGAUUCACAACAACAGGACGAAACAGAAAGUUCAUACACGCCACCGUUGGAAUCAUCGCAAUAUGGUAAUGAGAAUGACAACGCUGAAAAUUAUGAAGAGUACAUGUCACAGGAAGACACUGAUGGUGAGAAUUAUCAUGAAGAGGAAGAAGAGGAGAACGAGAGUUAUGAAGAAGACCCCGGACCUGUCGACCCAAGUGUGAUUGAAGGGUUAUUACGAACAAUGGAGGGAUUUAAACAGCAACACGAAAUGGUACGAGCAGAAAACAAUCAACUCAAAGAAGAGAACGAGAAGUUAAAAAGUGUAACUGAGAGUCUAUCUGUGUCCGCGAAUGAAAUGAUCGCACAAAUCAGAGCGUUGAAAUCAAAAGUCGAGGGCUUGGUCAUGGACUUGGAAGUGGAGAAGGAAUCGCACAAUAUAACACUUCAACGACUUUCUGAGGCGGAGGGGAGAGACACCACACAACAAGAGGUGAAUGGCAGUUUCUAUUUAACAAACAAAAUCACGGUGAUCAAUGGGAAAGUAGUUCAGUCUGAUGUUGUGACUGAAUUUCAAGAAGAGUUACUUGGACUACAGCGAGACAAAGAUGGUCUCUUACAUAUGAUUACACAACUGAAACUUGAUUUGAUGCACAAGUCUGAUAUGGACAAACUCCUCGAACAAAAGUCUAAAGAGAUUGAAACAUUGAAAACCAAUCUUAUUGACUUGGAGGAGAGCAAUAAAAGAAAUGAAAAGGAACUUGCACUUGUGAAAGAACAAAAACUCGACACGUUGGUUGAAGGAAAAUUACCAAGAAAAUCGAUCAUGCAACUCAAAAACAUCUGUGCAGGUAUUGGAACACCUAACUCAAUGCUUUCAAGUGAAUCAAAAAAAGAAGGUGCGAUGAAAAAAGAACUUUU